AUGAAAAUAUUUUUAUUUAGUUUUUUUUUUGUAUGGUUCCAAUACUGUUAUUCGAAAAAUCCCAGUGAUUAUGCCCAUAGUAUUGUAUCAAAUUUUGAGAGUGAAAACACACUGAAGUGUCUAAAGGGUAAUGUGUAUAUAUUACAAUGUCAGAUUAAAUGUAUGAAUUCAAAUAAUGAAAUAAUUUACAAAGAAUGCUUAAAUGAUAUAGAAAAAAUAUGCAAAGAUAAAAAGACCUGUUCAUAUUAUUUUGAUUAUAUUUUUAAAACAAAAAAUCAUAAACUUCGAAACAAUAAUAAUAAUAAUAUAUAUAUUGAUAAUUGUAUAGAUUCAGAUAAAAAUGAAAUAAAAAGUACAUUUACAUGUGUAUUAAACCCAUUAUUAGAAUUUGAUAAUAAUAAUCAUGUAAUUUAUAAUUUUUUAUUAAAUAACAAAAAUAAUGAUAAAAUAGUUUGUAAAAAUAGUAAUAUAUAUAUAAAUAAUGCAACAAUACAUUAUACAUUUAGUGAUAUCAAAUUUAAAGAUGUUACAUCAUAUAUUAAAGAAAAAUGUAAUGAAAAAACAAAUUGUGUAAUUAAUCCUUAUAGUAUUCAAACUGAUAUAUUAAAUGAAAAAAAUGAUGCAUAUUUAUUAAAUUCGUAUAUAUCUAUAAGUUUUGCAUGUGUAAAAAUUAAUUUAGAAUCAUAUUUGUAUGGAGGCGACAUUGACGAAUUUGAUCAAAUUAAUGAUGAAGAAAAUGAAGAUAACAAAUAUUUGGAUCAUAAUGAUUUAGACGAAAAAAAUGAGGAAAUAAUUUCCUUAAAAAAUGAAAUUAAUGAUAUAUUAAAUGAUGAAAAAAUUGAUAAUAUAGCAGAAAAAUUAAAAAUAGCUAAAUUUACUAUAUCUAAAAAAAUAAAUGAAGAAAUUAAAAAAAAAAAUGAUAUUUUUAAUAAUUUAGCAAAUGAUAUUUAUCAAUUUAUUGGAAAUGAAUAUUAUUUUACAUCUGAUAUAAAAGAUAUGAUUGAGGAUAGAUAUAAUGAAUUAAAUAAAACUUCACAAAGUGAUUUAUAUUAUAUAUAUUUAUUAAAUGUAUUCGAUAUAGAAAAAAUAUAUGGUAUUUAUUUAUCUUCAUAUCAAGAACGAUUACAACAAAUUUUACAAACAAAUAUGACAAAUUUAGAUUAUGUGGAAAAAAAGAUUGGAAGCCUUCGAAAUAUUUAUAUGUUUCUUUAUAAAAAAUCGAAAAAAUAUAAUGCCCUUGAUAUUUUUGAUGAAUAUUAUGAUUAUGUGUUAAAUUAUAAUGAUUUUGCAAAAGACAAUGAAAUUAUUUCUGCUGACAUAUUUAUUAAAUCAAAACCAGAUAUUCCACAAUUAAAUUUUGAAAUUAAUAACGAAAAUAAAAAUGUUAAAUACAAAGAUGUUACCGAUUUAGAUGAACUUGAUAAUUUAAAUAGAAUUAACAGAAUAAUAAAUAUUAGAAAUGUUUUAGUUAAGCAAUUAAAAAUAUUAUAUAAUCAAAGAAAUAAUAUUUUUAUUAAACAAGCUAUGCUUGUCAAAUCUUAUUGUUACAAAAACCCAUUAGAUAUAACAGAUUUUAGUUCUAUUUUCAAAAAUAAUUAUAAUAAAUUAAAAUAUGAUGCUUAUAAAGAAGGGAAUGGUCAUAUAAAUGUUGCUGAUAAAAUAAAUCCAAAUUUUGUUGUUAAAUAUUUGAAUAAUUUAUAUAAACAGCAUGUAAAUAAAAAUUAUAUUCUUAAUUCAUGGGAUCCUAAAUAUAAUAGAAUGAAUAAAAAAAUAAAAAUUAUAUUAAUACUUGGAUAUGGCCAAGUUAUUCAAAUUGAAAAACAAAUAAAUCGGCAUAUUGGUAAAUAUAAUGCACUAUUAGAAAAGGCUACACUUUAUAACGUGGGCAAUUUAUUUACUCAAACAACGAACAUAUUAAAUGAUAUUUCGGGUUCAUUAAAUGAUGGUUUAGACCCAAACAUACAUGACCAAGAAGAUGUAACAGUUGUAGAAUCGUCUGAAUCAAACAAACUAGCCGAACCGGAGGAACCGAUUGAAAAAGUUGAAGUUGACCGAGUUGAAAAAAGUGACGAUGCUAAUAAUGCGACUCAACAAGUUACUGGCACAGAUGAAGCAAAUUACGACACCGCCUCUGGCAAUUCCACUAACAUCAACAUUGACAACAUUGAUUAUGGUGUAGACGAAUCUAUUAGAAUUAUUAAAUAUAGCAAAGCAGAGGAGGAUGAAUAUAAUGAAAGUGGAAAUAAUGAAAAUGAAAAUAAUGAAAAUAAUGAAAAUGAAAAUAAUGAAAAUGAAAAUAAUGAAAAUGAAAAUAAUGAAAAUGAAAAUAAUGAAAAUGAAAAUAUUGAACUUAAAAAUAUUGAACAUGAAAAUAAAUCGAAUGCAAGCUCAGCAAGUUUAAGCAAUAUUUUUUUCACAUUUAUCAUAGCUGCUUUAUUUAUUAGACCAUUUUUAUAA